AUGCCCGAUUCCCGCUGGAUUUAUGUUUACCUCAACGGUGACGAACAUUUCCAGCCGAUGAAAACUUUGGUGAACCAGCGGCAUUUCAGAAGUUUAGAAUCUCUGUUGGAAAGGUUGACGGACAGGAUUCAACCCAGCUUCGGGGCUGUGCGCAACGUGUACACACCGCGUCACGGGCACAGAGUGUGCACCAUCGAUGAUUUGAGGACGAACGGUCAUUACGUUGUGGCAGGGUACGAGAGGUUUCGCCCGAUGCAGCACGGGUAUCCCGAUGUGGAUCAGCUAGGUAGGCUACACCAGGCCAGAAAAAGGGCGGCGAGGGCCAACCAGAUUGCGGAGACUAGAAAAAAAGAGGCGCCUCCCGUAAUCCAUAAGAUCAACAGGUUCGAGUCGCCCAUAACAAUAUUAGUUCACAGAAACGAUUCUCACCGAGAAGCUCCUACGCGUUGUCUGCUGCUUGGAAGGGAUCGGGUCAACAUGGUACGGGUUCUCCAAGUCAUCGGUGAGAAGCUGAGGCUGGACGCCAGCUACGUGAAAAGGCUAUGUCUUCCAGAAGGUAACGUCGUGCAUGAUGUGGAUGACAUCAAGCACGGUGGUCACUAUGUUGCGCUCCUUCCUCACGAGACCUUCAAAAAACCUUCAUCAAAGCUGCCUAACAAUUACACAAGAACCUACGACACAUUAGGAACCUCCAGUUCGGGAACCACGGACAUUACAGGAAGUUCGGGUGGGUAUUCUUUAGUGGACCCCGAAACAGACCUGAGUUUCUGCCAUAAGCCAGAGGCAGAUCCCAUUCCCGAGGAGGAACCCGUAGCGAUGAAAGAGGCUUCCACGUCAACAACCGAAGACAGAGCAGCUAUAUCUGAAGAAACACAAACUACGCCAAGAGUCAGUAUGGGCUCUAGAUUGGUAGUCGAAAACGCGAAGGACGAAGUACAGCCUCCAGAGGAUGAAGAACAACAAGGUGGCGGUGGCAAAAACGAACGAAACGAAGACAGUCCUGGCCCUAGAGACGACGGCGGGAGUGAGGACCAGAACCGAGCGGAAUCUCCAGGCUCAGAACAGCCGCAAUUGCCGGACGACGAUGGGUCGAGGAUGUCAGGAGGCCAGCAGUCGUCCCACAACAGCAAAGCGGGUGAUGCUGAUAAUAAUUCCCUUUCAAAUGGGGAAACAAAAGACGAUAUGUUCAAAGACGUUUCUCAGGAGGUGCAGGAUACAGGUGAUCGUGUGUCACUGAAGAGUCCAACACAGAGCAUAGCAUCUACUAGCUCUAAACGCUCUUUGAUCCUUCGCCGGGGGAACAGCCAAACCCAUAUGACAGCGGUUGGGACAGACUAUAAGUCCCCUUCCAGGUCUGUUUGUCUCGAUGAACCUGAGAAAUCAAGACGCAACAGUUCAACUGAUGACCGGUCAGCGUUCGGAAGUCCACGGAAACGGCGAAUGUCCGUUAGUUCAAGUUAUUCCAACAGCAGAAUUCAAGUAACGGCAACACAAAACAACGCAGCUCACAGUGCCCAUGAUUUGGCUUCACCAGCACAUUCUUUUAGUAUGGAAGACAAAGACAAAGUCAGUUUAGCUUCUUAUAACAGCGUUAAUGAGACUGAACAGAAUGGCAAGCAAACGGAACCGGAACAGAAAAGAAGUAUCGGCUCGGUUCGUAGCAUCUCGCAGAUGAGUAACAGGAGCGUAGUGUACAACGGCCAAAAAGACACUAUCAGUGACGAUCAUAUACAAGAAAAGCACCUGUCAGACGUCCUCAGUUUGACGGGCUUCCAGCCGCAAGAAGUCUACCAAUACACCACAAGUAGACCUGUUGAUGGUACUGCUAUGAACGGCAGCCUUCGACGAGGGAGCAUCAACAGUGUCAAGUCUACAGGAUCAGCCAUCAGCCGCAAGGAGCUUUAUAAUAACAACUCAACAAUCAGCAAUCUCGUCGAACGACGAAAUUCAGACUCCGAAAACGGUCGUAACAGCGUGAGGUCACAGACGCGUUCAGAAGAUGCGAUUAGUACGCCUCUAAUAGAUACUGCGCAAGCAAAUGAUAAAACAUUUGCGUCAUACCGUCGCCGGUUCUCCAUCUCGAGUCAAGCUUCCAACCCACAUUCAUCUCAGGCUGAUUCGCGAAAAAAUACACCUCUGGCGCCGGUGAAGCAAACCCAACCGCAAAGUGCUCUCAGUCGAGAUAUCGGCACCGAAAUGACUCCCCGAAAGCAACUGCCAAGUACGUCCCUACGUCAGAAAUCCCUAGAUGAAGCAAGGACGGCUUCCCUCUCCAGGUCAGGAAACAAAGUUAUCGAGAAACGGAGAAAUUCAGUAAAAAGCACAAAAGUUGCAGAGGAUGACUUCAACGGCAACAGGGUACGGUCAAGAGCAUCAUCUGUCGAUUCUCUCAAGUCUAACAAAGACAGUGGUUACUCUCCAGCUUCCGUUAGGUCCAAGGACAGCUCCGAUGGGCCUCACAGGGACCAUCGCGUCAAAGGCGACAAGAAGCGAGGUGCUACUGCAAAGAGCUUUCAAGACCAGUUCGAAAGUUACAGCUAUACGAUGUCUCCACCACAUUCACCCAUCAGAACGUAUGCUUACUUGAUUAAGCCGCAGGCGGAGACAUCGUACGAAUUUAAGAUGAGCGAAAGUGACCCGAUGGAACCGGUCAACUACUCUGCUGCACCGCUUCGAUAUUCGUCCACAUCUGGUAGGUCCCAGUGGAAGCCGGACACGUACCCUAUCCUGGAGGAAGAAGACGUCUUUCAUGCCAGGUCGUCUAUGGGAAAGAAUUCUGGACGGUCCUUCAAGCACAUUGAUUUCGAUGAAGAUAACGGUGGUGUGUUUCGUGCAAAGCGUCGUUUGCCGGACUUUGGCUUGGCCUCGGAGGUACAAGAGUCCAAUGACAUCAAAGUAGAACUUCCUCUUGACCAAAUUGAAGCUCAAGAAGUCGAUGAAGAGUACCUACCGCCGGAGCACCAUAGAAAUUCUUCUGGCAAACCGGGACACCAUAUAGUAAAGUUUCUACCCAGUGCUGGUAGCGGCAAGAGCCGAUGCGGCACAUCCUCCGAACGAAGGGGAAUGGGACACUACCUCCCGUGUGAUGACGUGCAAAGAAUGAUCAUAUGACACAGAUAGAACUUCUACAGCAACGUUAGCAAGAAUGUGUACAUUGAAUCGUCGUGGGGCGCUGUCACAAGAUAUGACAGGCUUCACGUUUUUUUCUACCAUUGACCCGGACGACGUGGCAGUCUGCUGGACAAGUACCGUGACACAAAAGAUUCUCCGAGAUCAAAUAUUGACUUUCAUCCGCUUAUAUGUACGCUUAAAUUAGCGCAGUAAGCCGUAGACAUUAUCGGCAUCUGGUUUCGCUAUCAAUAUGUUGGGUUGUGCUAGGUUUAUGAGAUACACUGGAAGAACAAAUCACGGCAAUAAAGUUUAUGGUACAAUA